AUGUUAAGCGUCAUUGAAGUAUUUGCUAUCUGGAAACUGAUUCGUGUUCUCACUGGAAGUACACUUAUUUCGAACGGUAAUAAAUCCCUUAUAGGACGAGUGUCGGGAUCGAUAUUCUAUGGCAACGCGGUUUUAUCACUAAUACUUUGCUGGAGGGCUGUCAACACAUGGAAAAAGCUAUCCAUCAAUUGGUUAAGAGUAGAAACAAAAGGACUGCUCCUGUCACCUGAUUUCAGUAUCAAAAGAAAGAUUACUUUUGUUGUUAGUUUUAUCACGUUAUGUGCCAUUAUUGAACACACUUUAAGUAUGAUAGCGGCUACCGGCCUUGAUUGUCCUCCUGAAAAAUACUUCGAACAGUACAUUUUAUCUUCGCAUGGCUUUUUAUUACAUACUUGGGAAUACACACUCUGGAUUGCGAUACCGAUAUUUAUUCUGAGCAAAUCGGCAACAAUACUGUGGAAUUUCCAAGACUUGAUCAUCAUUUUGAUAAGUAUGGGAUUAGCUUCCCGGUACCACAGGCUGAAUUCUUUCGUCAAACAUGUUGUAAGAUAUGAGAAACGUGACGGGAAUAUGGAAAAGUUCAAAACGGAAAUCUACUAUCAGUUAAACGUUUGGAGAAACAUCAGAGAGGCGUACGCCAACCAGUCUGCCCUGGUCCGGCAGGUUGACGAGGAGUUGGGUGCUUUGCUUCUACUAUCAAACCUAAACAACAUGUAUUUCAUCUGCUUACAACUCUACCUUGGAUUAAGGAAAGUAGACGGUGUACUGAUUAAUCGUGUAUACUACUUUUAUUCACUGGGAUGGCUCAUGGUCCGAGCAGUCAGCGUGGUGUUAGCAGCUGCUGAUGUGAAUCUGCAUUCAAAGAGAGCUCUUCCGUAUUUGUACUCCUGUCCCAGCUCAUCUUAUAAUAUUGAGAUCAGACGUCUAAAGAAUCAAUUAACUCACGAUCACAUCGCUUUGAGUGCAAUGGGGUUCUUUUAUUUGGAUCGACAGAAACUAUUGCAGGUUGCUGCAGCUAUUGUGAAAUAUGAACUAAUUUUAAUACAAUAUGACAAAUAA